AUGUCUCGCCUUCAAUGUUCUUUGAUCUUCGGUUUGCUGUUGCAACCAUUGGUUGAAUCUCAAAUUCUUCUUGGGGCCCCUCAGAUUGAGGCUCCGGGAAAUUUCUCUACAGCUUGCAAUGCUACUUUUAGUGAGGACAUCGCAUGUAACAUAACGCUGUAUGAAGUCGCACUGGGAAAGCUAUUUCCCACAGUGGACGACCUUUCUAGCAUUUGCACUGACGCCUGUCUGGGAGCUCUUGAAACUUUGCGAGCUCAGCAACUGUUGGAAUGCAGCAGUUCCGAUUUAGUGGUCACCGCAGGAGAGACAUAUCCUCCAACUCUCACUACUGAUAUUCUCUUAUUCACAUACAAUUACACAUGUAUACAGGAUCCAACCACAAAUGGAUACUGCUAUCCGGACUUUUUUGCAUGGAAUAAUGAUACUGAAAGCACGACCUCCACUGAGGUCUGCUCCGAUUGCAAUUUUCUUAUUCAGCAGAGCCAGCUAGAUUCACCACUUGGAUGGGAUGAUGACUCCGCUCGCAUGUAUUCAUCACUAACGUCUUCCUGCGGAGUGACGAAAUAUCCAGUCGCAUCCCCAAGUCCAUAUUCUCUAGAUGUCACAGCUACUGUCUCAUCGACUGCAAAUCCUUCGACCACUACAGCCGCAUAUGCAUGUGUAUCAAUGUACACGAUUCAAGAAGAUGACACUUGUAGUUCCAUCAGCGAGUCCCAGCAGGUGGCGACAUUCUAUCUGAUGCAAGCGAACAAUCUUCCAGGAUACUGCUCAGAGAUUCCAGAUCCAGGGACAAGUUUAUGCAUCCCACAAAGCUGCGAGCUUUACACAGUGGCAGCAAACGACACUUGCUACGAAAUUGUCCAAAACCACAAUGUGACUUACCCUGGAGUAUCAACUGCUGCUUCGACAGGAAGUGCAAGCGUCACAACGCCCAUAGCAUCGGUUCCGACAAACCUAGCACCAAACACAACGACAGAAUGCGGAGAAUAUUAUCUAGUGCUAGAUGGAGACGACUGCGCGAGUAUAUCCAUUGCCAAGGGCAUUUCCCUGACCGACUUCUACUUCCUGAAUCCCAUGGUAAAUAGUACAUGUGGAAAUCUCUGGACUGACACCUACUACUGUGUCGAGGCAGUAGGAAAUAUCGCGACGUAUCUUGAAUACGGGGGUACAUCAACAACGAAGAAUCCAUGUUCACAACUCGAUGCCCCCGCCAGCUGCUUCGUCACCACAUACCCUACCACUACGCCAUUUACUUGGCCAGCAGUGGGCACGGUGACUACGACUGCUUUGUUGACUAAUCAUACAUCCCUUGCCGACCUUCCACUUGCCCCCGGCACUUCAGGAUCCUGUUCGCAAUACGCAGAGUACUAUCAGAGCAAGUCCAAUAUCAACUCAUGUGGGGCCAUUGCCCAUUUUUAUGAUAUUACAAUAUCAGAUGUCGUCGCAUGGAAUCCGUCCCUCACGUAUGAUGCAAGCAACAUAACUUCAUGCGUAUUUCUUCCCGGCUAUCGUUACUGCGUCGCAGGAACCACUACAGGGUCAGAUGGUACCUCCAGCAUCUCACCCAAUGGUCUGUGCGGUGCCGAUAAUACAAACUAUACAUGUGAAGGUAGUGCAUUUGGAGAUUGCUGCUCGGAAUAUGGAAACUGUGGUUCGACGAGCGACUUCUGUGGCGUGGGGUAUCAGUCGCGAUUUGGUAGUUGCACAGUAGCGUCUGCGACAUUUUCAUCUGUGACCGAUACGGCUACGACUACUACUGCAUUGCCAACCGUCACUCUCUCACCUGACGGCUCAUGCGGUGGUGAUAGUGGAUAUACCUGCGAGUCUCCAAACUGCUGCAGUGAAAGUGGAUAUUGCGGUAACACUUCCGACUUUUGCGGUGUAGGAUGCCAGCCAGCGUUUGGUAUUUGCUCCACCAGUUCUACGAUUACUACUACUACAGCAGCCGCUGCACCAACCCAAAUUGUAUCUUCUAAUGGCGGAUGUGGUAGCGAUUAUAAUAAUUGGACAUGUGCUGGGUCGACCUUUGGAAAUUGCUGUAGUCAAUAUGGAUUCUGCGGUAGCAGUAAUACAUAUUGCGACGUUGGAUCGGGUUGCCAAACGGCCUUCGGUGAGUGUGGUUCUUGA